AUGCUGAUAUUUAUUGUCACUCCUCACCGUCCCUGGCCUUCAGGUGCCUUAGAUGAGCUAUACCCCAAUUUUACCAACACACGAGAUCUCAUUCUCCAUACCCUUCUACUUAUCGUUCAAAUUGUUCUGAUCGUAACGGUUCUUAUUUUUCUCGCCACAUUUUUGGUUUUCCCAGUUGUUGUCCCUGUGGUAUUCUUUGGCCUCUUCUGGUUAGUGACUGUCGUGAUCCUGCGACUGCUCAAUGGUCCACCGACGUCACAAUCCUUGGUGGGCGUACCAAGUGAUGGAACUCCGGUUAACGACGAGAGUGAGCUGUGGUUCUUCAUUAAUGGAAUUGGUACGGGCAAGGGUUUACUUUUGGACCUUGUCGAGUGCCUCAUCCAGCGCGACUUGGAUUAUAAGACUCGAGAUAUUCGCCAAGGACGUGCUCAAAUUCGCGCUGCACUUAAAUCUCAGAAUACCAAGAAGGUCGUCCUCAUCGCCCAUUCCCAAGGUGGCAUCGUAGCGUGCUCCAUCAUAGACUGGCUUUUUGGUGAACUUUCCCACAAAACGAUGCGCAAGCUAGAAGUUUACACUUUCGGUAACGCAGCGAGACAUUUCAGAAAUCCGCCACUGGAUGCUAGCAAUGCCAACUCAAAACAGCAGGAGGAGCAAGGUGACACGGAGCCGGUCAUCAAAUACAUCGAACACUACGCCAACAGUGAAGACUUCGUCGCCAAUAUUGGAGUGCUAGAGUUUACCUCACCAAUGGCAAAGUACACUAGCACCAGCUUGUUCUCAGGAGCCGUAUUUAGAAGAGAAGGCUCAGGUCACCUCCUGAACUUGCAUUAUCUCGAUGCCAUGUUUGAUAAGCAGGAUGAUUUCAUGAAUACCAAAAUUCCCGUUUCUCGCCAGGAUGCACCCGAUGGGAUUAUAAUGAAGCCAAUUGGAGAGCUUUCGAGGCUUUUUCGAUACAAAAACGGGCAGCAUCCAGAAGAAUAA